AUGACAGACAUCGUCAGCGCAUCAGAGUAUCCAGAAAUCGGCCCCGACGGGAGGGGGGCUGCAAAAAAUGCUUCACCCGAGUCCAUGCUGGACCUGACCCAGCAUACGGUUCCUGCAAAAAAAGAAAAGCAGCCGUCGGCUUGGUUGCGGGAGACCAACCCCCGUCCGCCCGGCACCAAGGCUGCAGACUCCAUCAAGCACACAUACGGAGGGACUACUGGGGUCGUACCCUACUCUUUCCUAUUCAAGACCAGCAGCGACUUCGUCAGGUUUCUCGCCCGUUUGCGGGGUGAUCCCAGUACCGAUGCCACAUGGUGUAUCUGCCGGUGGUCAUGCGGGGCAGCUGCCAAUAGGCGAUCCCUGUCUCGAGCUCUUCAGCCGACGAUCGGAUCUUCGGGCCACGUUUCCUGGUGGUGUACAUUCUGUGCCAAGGGACAACGCGUGUCAGACCCCAGUGAGAGGCGGAGUUCAUGGAUCCCCCACUCAACGUCUUUCCCCGACAUCUCGGGCGCCGCCCUCGAAAUUGGCGAAACGGUUCGAAAGAGUUCCGGUAUUCAAUUGGAACGCGUCCUAACGUCGAAGCUUCUGCACAGUCGGUUUUCCAACGCUGGCUUCUCUGCUCGCCGCUGCAGCUACCCAGGGGUUGAGUGA